AUGAUAAUGAAUAUAUCAAAUCAAUAUGUAUAUAGUCUAUUUCUAUUUUUUUAUUUAAUAAUAUUAUUUUUCGAAAAUUUAACAAUAGUUUCAUCAUCAUCACAAUGUUCAGGUAUGUCAAAAUCUAAUCAUAAUAUGUGUAUAAAAACAAUUGAUAGACCAAUUUUAGAUGAUUGGGGUUUCGAGAUGAUUGGUAGUGGUAAUCUUGAUUCACCUUGGGUGACAAAAGAUAAUAAUAUAUCCAAGAUUGAAUUUUGUACGGAUGAUAUAUGUGGAUCACCCGAUUAUCAACUCUAUGGAUUCUACUAUGCGUUUUUCCCAAUUACCAAAGGACAUACCUAUGACUAUAUGUCAUUAUCACAACAAUUCGACUUGUUAGAUUAUACUGUCGAUAACGAAACCAAAUACUAUCUCGAUUUCUUUGUAUCAUCACGAACCUUCAUACCUCAAACCACAAAAUUCGAAUUCACAGUAACUAUAGACCAUAUAAAGGUUGUACUAAUAAGCAACUCUAUAUAUUCACAAAGUCAUCGAGUAGAUAUAACCGACUUAAUAAGAGAUAAUAAUAAUAAUACAAUACAUACAAUUACUUUUCAAUUAUACUAUGGAAGUAUAAGUGGUAGUAGUAAUAGUAGUAGCAAUAAUAAUAAUAAUAAUAUUGGUUUUGAUGAUGUACCAGAUGGUAUUCUUUUGUCGAAUACUAUAAUAAAGAAAACACCAAUAAGCAGGAAAUCAAUGGAUUUAGAUGCCUGUCCAACCAUCGAUAUCACUUCAGUAGAUGCUACGCUAUCGAUCGCCAAUACCGAAAUGAAUGAACUCUCUGCUAUUACAUCGAAUUUCGCGCAAGUUUAUGUUUCAUCGUCUAUAUUCAAUCCGAAUGCCCCGAGAUUUAGCGCAACGCUGUGUCUCUUUUCAUUCUACCUUACGGAAUCACUCUUUAAAGACUGUGAAUUCAAUAACCAUAAACGAACUAUCUUUUGUAUGGUAAAAUCGAGUGUGGAGAUAGAGGACAGUCAGUUCAAUGAAAAUGAAUUCAUACAUAUCGAUGUUUUCAAAAGCAAUGCUACCGUUAUGGUUAGUUCAACAAUGGUUGUUGAUAACUCUCAGAUAUCUGCUACCACUGGAUCAACGGUAUUCAAUAUAGUCAAUGGAGAUCUCUCAGUUAGGUGGUCUCUAUUCGCAGAAAAUGAUAUGGUAAUUACCUAUGCAUUCAGUUCCAACGUACAAUUCGAGAACACACUCUUUAGAAACAUCAAAACUCAAUCGUAUAUAUUUAUGUUCCAAAUGCAAAACAUACCACCAAAGUAUAUUAUAUUCAAAGACUGUAUCUUUGAGGAUAUCGCCGCUAAGCUGAAAUUCGAAAACUCUAAUCUCAGGUUGAUAAACACCACUCUAAGGAAUAUGCGAAACUCCAACCUCUUUUUCCAAGGCUACUCCAAUGUCGAGAUUCACAACUCAUCGUUUUUGAACUUUAACAAUCAAAUAGUUUUUUACUUUACAUCAGUUGGAUCUCUCAAUAUUACUGGUUCAAAGUUUCGUAACAACGAUGUUUAUUCAUUGUUGUAUUUUUCGAACGCUCAAGUAAACACAGUAGUAUCGGACACGGUGUUUUUAAACAACCAGGGUCUUGACGGAACCAUUGGUAAUUUAGAUAGUCACAUCAGCGAUAUCUCUUUCUUUAAUUGUACUUUCAAAAAUAACACUUCAUUUGGUCCAGGAGGAGUCGUUUAUACCACCGGUCAGAACAACGUGGUAUUUAAAGAUUGUACUCUAACAAAUAACACUGCGUUGCAAGGUGGAAUUUCUUAUUUCUUCUACAUUCAACCGAUAUUUAUUAAUUGUACAAUAGAGAAUAAUGGUGCAGUAUUUGGUAAUGUCAGUGCAUCUCUUGUGAAUCGUCUGAUACUUAGCGAUGGAGUAUUCCCAGAGAUUGUCACUUCCAAUCGCACCCAAUUCACUGGUACCAUUAAAUCAUGUGAUAUACUAAAUCAAACCUAUCCAUCACAACCAUCGAGUGUCUUGGUUUAUCUGCAGGUUGGUGGUAAUACCAUUGCUUCUUUGCCUUUUAUCAAUGGAAGUGUCAAUUUUGAAUCGGUGGAAAUCGUUGGACAAGUUGGAAGUUCCUCUACAAUAUCAUUUGUUAGUAGCUACAGAUCACUUAAACCAUUGACACUACCAUAUAAGGUGACUAUUUUACCAUGCAAUCCUGGAUACUAUCCUAUAGAAUCAUCAACACUUUGCUCAGUUUGUCCACCUGGAAGUUAUGGAUAUGAUGGAAACAAAUGUAUUUCAUGUCCACAAAAUGCAUUCUGUGAAGGCGGUCAACAGGUUUCGACGAGACCUGGGUAUUGGUUUGAUGAAAAUCAAUAUCCAAGAGUGAUUUACGAUUGUGAACAAUCAUCACAUUGCUUGGCAAAUAGCACUUGUCUUGAACAUACAUUUGGUGUUCUUUGUUCAUCGUGUAACAACACCGAACAAUAUUAUUCAUGGUUUGGAGGUUGUAUCGAAUGUACUCAUACCAACAAACUUGUUAUUGCUAUUGUUAUCAUUGGAAUGAUUCUCCUCGUUCUUUGGUCACAUAAAUCAGAUUCAUCAUCAGGUCUGAUGAAUAUUGUUGUCUAUUUCGCACAAACAAUCAUGGUACUUUCGAAAGAUGUUAAUUUCAGUAUUCUUUCACUUCUCAAUCUCCAAUUGGAAAGUGGAGGAUCAUCAAUCAUUGGAUCGAUAUGUCCAGGACCAUUCGAUUAUUACCAGAGACAUUAUACGACGUUCCUUGCUUUCCCAGCAAUUAUUUUCAUUCUCCUCAUUUUCACAUUAAUCAUCACAAUUAUCAGAAAGUUUAAACCGAAUGACCAACCAAUAUUCCCAAGACAAUUUGGAUCGUUUGUCAAGUUAUUGAUGAAUAUGUAUUCACCAAUCAGCACUGCAACAUUUACAAUAUUCUUUUGUCAACAAAUUGGAAUUGGUAACUCGGUUUUAGUCACAGAUUCAUCAGUUCAAUGCUCUGGAAAUCAAUAUCGAACAGCACUCAAAGUCAGUUAUUCAAUGUUGGUUGUUGUUCUUGGAAUUCCAAUGAUUAUUUUCAUCUUAUUAUUCAAGAAUCGAAAACACAAUAACGAUGCAUCAAUCAUUCGAACAUAUGGAGCAUUCAUCUUGAAAUACAAAACAUCAUAUUAUUAUUGGGAUAUUGGUGAUUGUAUUGGUGUCGAUUAUGGAUCAAGACACACCAAUCAGAUCAUUCCUUUUGAUUGGAGUAUCACUGAUCAGUGUCCUUCUUCAGUUGAAACAUUCACCGUUCAUCAUCGUGGAAGGUUUGGAUAUCAACAACUACCGAAUGAAGAUGAUUAUUCAAUCGAUUUACUUUCAAAAGAAAUCAAAGAUAAUAUAGAAAGAACUAGAAAGAUGGAUAAAGAUCAUAGUGGAAGUGAAGAUGAACAAGAUAACUAUGAAGAGUUAACUGACGAGCAACUCAAUGAAUUGAAUGCGUUGUCAUCGAAUAGAAACGAUCCUUUCCGUGUAGCACUCGGUGUUGCACCAGCAAAGAAUGCUACACCCGUUGGUGUUUGGGGAAAUCUAUCUUCAUUCUUACAGUCACCAACAUCCUCAUCAUCAUCAUCAACAACAACAAUAACACAACAACAACAAUCAACAACUGAAGAAGUAGAGGGAGAAGAAGCUGAAGAUGGUAGUGAUGACGAUGAAGGUGAAAUCAUUGGUACUAUCGGUGAGAACGGUGAGUUGAGUGAAUCACUCAAGACACUGACUAUCUCGCAUGCCAAACAGACAGCCACUCAUUUGGUAAUCGAUACCAACGCUAUUUUGCACUCGUCGACACGUCUUGACACCCUUGGAAAGGUGCUCUACACUAUCGAAGAGGUUCUCGAUGAGGUCAGAGACAAGAAGACACAGUUGUAUCUCGAGACAUUCCCAUUUGAGAUCAAAACAAGACAGCCUACACCAGAGUCUUAUCAAGCGGUCGUUGACUUCUCACACAAGACUGGUGAUUUCGCUUCGUUGUCGACCGUCGAUCUCAAGGUACUGGCAUUGGCACACACACUUCAUGCCGAACACGAUGGAUUAGAUACAUUAAAGACAUCACCAGAACCAACUAAACCAGCACCAAGACCAACUAAUAAUAACAAUAAUAAUAGAAAUAAUAAUAAUAACAAUCCAGAACAAAAGAAGAAAAAGAAAAAUAACAAUAAGAAGAAGAAGGCUGCUGCCGCGGUAGUACAAAAGGAUACAUGUUGUUCACACGAUCAUGGAAAGGUAGAAGAGAAGAAAGAUAAUAGUAGUAAAGUAGUAGUAGAUACAUGUUGCUCACCAGCUACCACUACUCCACAUACACACCAAGUUGUAGAUACAUGUUGUUCACCAGCAUCCACUACGACUUCAACAGAACCAGCUACAACUACAACUACAACAGAACCAACUACAACUGCUACUACUACAGAAUCAACAAAAGAAAUAACAGAAGAUAAUAAUAAUAAUAAUAAUAAUCAAUCACAACAAAAGAAAGGUAAAAAGAAUAACAAAAAGAAUAGUUUAAUUGUUAAUAUGGAUGAGCUGCCAGAGGAAGACCCAUCUAAAUUUGUAGAUCCAAGAGAAAUACUCGAAAAGAUGAAAAAGCAACGUGAAGCAGAGGAAGAGGAACGCAGAAAGAAGAGAAAGGAUAAAGAGGAUGAAGGUGAAUGGAUCACCCCAGACAACAUUAAAGCUAAAUUAGAGAAAUCACAAUUUGUUACAGGUGAAGAGAUUAAACAUGUAAAAGUUGCAUGUAUUACAAGUGAUUUUUCAAUGCAAAAUGUUAUGUUACAAAUGGGAUUAAAUUUAUUAAGUGUAGAUGGUUUAGUUGUUAAACAGGUGAAACAAUUCGUUUUGAAGUGCUAUUCGUGUAAUACAACCACCUUGGAUUUCAGUAAGGUUUGGUGCGGUGCCUGUGGUAAUCAAACCAUGGUCAAAGCUAUGACUUGGGUCGAUCGCUUCGGAAAUGUUCGUGUCGGCAAGGGUUCCGGCAAGCAAUUUAACAAUCGUGGCAAGAAGUUCUCGAUGCCCAAGGCCAAGGGUGGCAAGUACCACACCGAUAUGGUGUUCACCGAAGAGCAGUACAUCCAUCGUCUCAAGGUCACCGGCAAGUACUACCAGAAGAAGAAGUCGUCGACCGACAACGCCAUCGGUGACGAAUCAUUUGAAUCUGGUUUCUCGUUUGCCAAACCCGGUGCUGACAUCACCAUUGGUUUCGGUGGACGUAAUCCAAAUAUCGCUCGUCGUAAGAUUGGUAAGAAAAAUAAAUCGAUUUCCAAUCAUUAA